ACAGCUCAGGUUUAGUGAAGAGAAUAAUUGGAGGGCGGUCUCACACUCCAGUACAGUAGGUGGCGGUGUAUGCACCUUUCAGUUGGUUGCGAUCCGUCAAUACAAACGUAAAUAAGUAAUAAGCGGAAGUGAGUAGUGAUCAAGAACAAUUUCUACGUUAGCGUUUUUAUUUUUUAGACAUUUUUUAACUCCCUGGAACUCAAUCCGAUUCAUUUUAACUGCAAAACAACACGUACUUAACUCGGGUAGUCUUUAAUUCGCGUUGGAGACAGGACUUGGUUGUUAGAUGUUUUCUAGGUAACGCUAGCUAGCUGCUAACGAUACUAGUAAACAAUGGCUAUCGAUAUGGUUUUUCACACUCAAAUAGCCUCGAUUAUGGAAGUGCUUGCGAAUGCAGCCGUGGCAGAGAUCUGUAAACUCGUAGACGACGACUAUGCAGUCUUGCGUUUGGAAAUGUCUCAAAGCCAGAAAGAAAACAGGGGAUUGCGGAGGAAACUACAGCUACUGGAACUGAAGGUGGCACGGGAGCGCGCAGAGAGGACAAUACGAGAGCGCGCCCUUGCCAUUCGUCCCAGUAGUGUCAAGAUCCUCGACCGAUACAGAGGAAUGGCAAGAGGUGAAGGACAUCUCACUGUAGGCCACAGGAGCUUUGUGAAGCCAGCGGGACACAAUACAUGGAGAGAUGACCAACCCAUAGCUAUAGAUGAGGGGACUGGAACCUCAACCCAGCAUGUUAUCGUGAUAGAGAUCGCAGAUCAGACCCAGACAGACUGGGGAAACUGGGCUGUCAUCCUGCUCCUGGCUCAGUAUUUACCGGUAUUUCGCCAGAGCCAGAGGAUGGUUUAUUCCCGUGAUGAUGGAAGAGGAAGGUCCAAAGGUGCUGCUGGUGAAGGAGGAGGGUCUGGGGAACCCUGAGGGGACCAUGGUCAUGGAGGACAACCAGACUACACCUCCUCCUGAACCCACAGAGGAACCAGCUGAGCAGCACAGGACCACACACAGUCUCACUGAGUCAGUAGACAUGGAGGAUGGGAAGCUUGAUCUGCUGCUGGUCAAAGAGGAGACAAUAGAAGAUGGACCAGAGAGCAUUGAUCUGCUGAGUGGACUAAAGAUGGGAGAGCAAGAUGGUUGGCUGGAGGCUAACAGAGGGGACUGGGCAGCCAUCUUGAAUUCCCAGAACCAGGCGGGUGCAGUUAAGGGCCCAGGGGACAACAUCACUGAGCAGGCCAGGACCAGAGGCGACAUAGUGGAGUCUGCAGUCCAUGAAGACCUGCUGAUAUCUGGUGUUGCUGGCAGGAGAGACUGGGCCUCUGAGGUGGCUGGUCUCAAGCCCUGGCUCUUGAUCAGGACCCUGAACCAGGAGCCGUCGCUCUUCCUUCCCGAGUCGGAACGGGGACGGAAUCGCGAGGGACCGAGACUCCAACACACAGAACACAACCAGUGGACAGGUGGACUGAACAACAGUCCUGGUGGUCAUCAGAGAGACAGAGGAUCCAGUCCGCAGCCCAGACCCUCUUCUUCACAGUCUCAGUGCAGGGAUGAAGUAGGGCCUGGGGCUGAUAGAGAUAGACCCUCCUGUUCCUAUGAUACAAACACCACAGUAUCCAUGAUGAACAGAGCAGGUCACCCUGGGCUUCAGCCUCCACAGAGAGUGGUGGGAGACCCCCCGGGGGAUAGUCUAGCAGCAAGUCUGUCUUCACCUUCAGGGUCUUGUGUAAUGCCUGGUGACUGGGUUCAUAGAAGUCCUGGGUCUGGACCUGGGUCUAGCCUUCCUCAGCUACCUCAUAGUUACCCCACCAAUACAGACAGGGUCAGGAUGGACGUUCACCACAAGAGGUAUCUAGCCUAUAACACAGAACACAAUCCCAACAACACCCAAACAAUGGCUAGAGGUCAAGGAGGGAGCUCAAAGACUAACCACCUGAGGGUGGUGGCUCCUGCUUCUACCUCCUCUGGUGUCAUUGGGUCACAACGUGGGAUGCCGAGCAUUAGCACAGACGAAGACAAGCCAUACUCCUGCCCCACGUGUGGGAAGCGCUUUGCAAAGGCGACCUAUGUGAAGAAGCACCAGACCAUUCACAUCAAGGAGAGGCCCUUCAAGUGUAAGCUGUGUUACAAGAGCUUCUCCUUCCUGAGUUACCUUAUCAGACAUAGGAGUGUCCACAACAGGGAGCAAUCAUAGCAUUGGGUCUUGAGAUGUACACAGGAGAUAUCUGGAAACUAUUAUUUAGCUGAAAUAUUAUAGUUAUCAUGUGAAAUGUCCUUGAGUUUUGGGUGGGGAUUACCAAAUCCCUCAGUUGAGCAUCUGGAUAAACUCACAUUCUCACAUGAUAAGACUUGUUUGGUGUGCUGGCAUAGCCAAAACACUGUCAUGUUACUGAAGAGUAAUACUAUAUUUCCCCUCUGAAUUUGGUUUUGCUUAUGUUCUGUUCAUAAUAAAUAUGUCCCUCUUUUAUAUAACACCUUUAUCCCCCCCCCACACACACAAUCAGGUUGUACCUGUUCCUUUAUGUACUAAAAAUAGGUGAUCAAAAUACACCCUCUUUUUAUAACACCUUUAUAACAAGCCAGGUCUGCUGAGAUGACCCUGAGGUCAUGCUUUCAUUGGGGAAGAGGUCCAAAAACAACCCCUUACUGUGUCCCUUUCCCCUAUUGCCCUCCCAUGACACUGGGUAGUAGGUAGGAGUUCUCCUUAAUCAGAUAUUUUUCAUCCUCCCCUCUAUCAUCUUCCAUAUAUGUUAUGUGUAUUAUUGUUAUGCAUCUCCCAUGAUUGUAGCAAACAUUGCCACUCAAUAAUUGACUUCCCCAGCCACACAAGUCAUUGCCUGACGAAUCAAACUGAAUUAUUCCGCUGCUCUAUCGUUCGCUACGUACUUCAGUCUGAGACGGCCAUCAUUGAAGUCGUUUGUGGUGACAUCAAAGUGAGGGGUGUUUUACAAAACAAAGUCAUCGGCAAUUGGAUCAUUUCUAACCAAUCGGUAUCAAAGCCAAUGACGAAUUUUCAAAACGUAGCUUUACCCAAUGUGUGUUCUGGCUCUGGCCCGACCCAUCGGUUUCUGCGACCAAUCAGAACGGUUAGAAUGUUUGCGUUUUAGAAAUCGUCAGGGAGGUACUCUGAUAGCGUUUGGCCGGAGCAAGAAGUUUGAGUAGCCAGGCAAAACAAGUCACACUCAAAGUAAGCUGUAUUUAUACUGCCGUAUGUCACCAUGUCAAUGGCCUGAAGGCUUAAGGUCUUGUGAUGACUGGGGUAAAAUAUUAAACAUGAACGAAUGUGCACCUGUACUUGAGAUUGCAGACUGACUGGAUGGCUCUACAAACUGUUUAGGAGGGUAACUAACCACAUGCCCCUCAUUAACCCUUUGUUAACUUGUCAUUUGAAAUGGGUUUGUGUGAACUGUUUUUAGAGAGACAGUAAACCUAGGCUAAAACAAGGUCAGUUGAAUAUUUACCUUACUGAGGUGAUGUAGAUGGAAUAAAGUCACUCUUUUCUACUCUA